AUGCCGAUACUCAAUCGCUUACGCACCACAAGCUAUCCUGCUGGUCGAUCCCCCAUGAAUAUUUUUAGAGCCAAUAAGGGCUCGGUGAAGAACGGGGAGAGACAGGAACGUCGAUUCAACUACAUAUUCCGUGGAAAAGAACAUGGUAGUCCGGGGGAAAUGUGGGAAGCCGAAGGACCGGACGCGGAUUUCAAGUUGCAAAAGACCACACAUUCCAGCCAGCCGUACCACAAAGGCUGUACAACUCUGUAUCCGGUUUCGUUCUCGUCAGCCACGCGUUUGAAGACUCUCAAGAUCAUUGCGAAUGCCGAGGGGAGAGACUUGACCAGCCCCUUCGAGGAAACCGUCUUUUACUGGAGGAACCUUGCUACCGACCAAGAGAUCCGGAAUGUGCGCGAGAGCUCCGUCAACUCAGCAAGCCAUAUCCUUAAGUACAUCGGUCACCACUGGAUACAUGCGUCGGAGUUGAUCUCCCCCGCGCUGGCACAGAGCAAGUACUUCAGCGAUGACAGCCCGGCGACCAGACCGAAGCACAUGAACACUGGUGAUUGGCGGCGCGAGUUCUACAAGGUAGUCGAGGCCAGCCACAACAUCAACUCUUCCGCCGGAAAAUGA